GUGUGCAGAAUUAUUAAUUAUGUAUCAGGCUGAUAUUAACCAUGCUGCUGAAAGAGGACAGACACCUUUGUACCUGGCCUGUAAAAAUGGAAAUAAUGAUUGUAUUAAGCUACUGUUGGAAGGUGGAGCAGAUCGAACAGUAAAAUCCAGUGAUGGUUGGUCACCAAUUCAUGCAGCAGUGGAUUCUGGUAAUGUUGACAGUCUCAAGCUCCUUAUGUACUACAGCAAGCCAAACAAUAGGAACUCUUUCACUGAUGCAGAGCCUAAUUUAGACUACUUUGAGUUGGACAAGAGAGAAGACAACUAUAGCACUAGAAUAAAGCCUGUUAUUUCUGCAGAUCUCAUCAAUCAUGCUGACAAAGAGGGUUGGACUGCUGCCCACAUAGCAGCAUCAAAAGGCUUUAAGAACUGUCUAGAAAUCCUUUGCAGCCAUGGUGGACUAGAGGCUGAGAGAAAAGAUAAGUGUAAUCGAACAUUGCAUGAUGUUGCUACUGAUGAUUGCAAACAUCUCCUAGAAAACUUAAAUGCUCUUAAUGUACCUGUAAGGAUUUCAGUUAGUGGCAUUGAACCAGCCCAUUGUGGUACAGAAGAAUUUGAUAUAGAAAACACAAUAUGCGCUUUAAAUAUCUGCAAACAGACAUCAUGGGAUGAUUUUUCAAAGGCAGUGAGUCAGGCAGUGACAAACCAUUUCCAAGCAAUUGCUUCUGAUGGAUGGAAGAGCCUAGAAGACCAGUCAUUCAGUAGUGCUGCAGAAUCGAACAUUGGCCUCAGUGCAAGCAGUAUAUUAUCUGUCAAACUAGGAAACAUUUCAUGGUCAACAGGUCAGAUUUUUUCCCAGCCACCAUGGGAUUUUUUGAAGAACAACAGAGCUGAGCAUAUCACAGUGGUUUUGUUUGGACCUCAAGAAGGCUGCCUAAAUAGCGUGACUUACGCAUCUAUGAUCCAUCUUCAGACACUUCAGAAUUACCUCCGCCUGGUUGAACAAUAUCGUAAUGUCAUUUUCCAUGGUCCAGAAGGAAGUUUGCAAGACUAUAUAGCAUAUCAGAUAGCAGCCUGCAUGAAGCAAAAGCAGAUGGCUGCAGGAUCCACAUGUGAAAUCAUUAAAGUUGAAGUGGAUGCUGGUUUCUCCAAGGAGCAGCUUGCAGAACUGUUCAUCAGCAGUGCUUGUCUGGUCCCAGUUAAACAGCCUCCUGUAAGCAAGACAACCAUUGUGAUUUUAGAAAAUUUGGAGAGAGCUUCUUUGUCUGAAUUACUAGGAGAUUUUCUGGCACCUCUUGAGAAUCGGAGUUCAGAAAAUCCGUGCACUAUUCAAAGAGCAAAUGGAGUGUCUGGUGCCUUUUACUUUCAUGAGAACUGCUUUUUACUGGGGACAAUCUCAAAGUGUCAUCUUCAUGGCUCUGACCUGCUGGUUCAGCAUCAUUUCCGCUGGGUUCAACUUAGGUGGGAUGGGGAACCAAUGCGUGGCUUGCUUCAAAGGUUUUUAAGAAGAAAAGUUAUAAACAAG